AAACAUUUAUAAACUGAUUAUAUAUGUAUUUUUUUACAAUCAUUUUAUUUAGUCAUUACCCGGAAUGAAUUUCGAGUAACGAACUAGCAACCAUCAGCCACCAUUGUAUCUAUUAGCAUCUGUUAGCAUCUACUAAUAUCUACUUUUGUAACUCUGGUGUAUUGCAUCAUUUGCCGAUGGUAACCCUGUCAAAUAUUAUAUACUUUUUUGUUAUGUUGGUACUCUUUACCACUCGUUACCAGUAAAAAUAUAACCUAUAUUAGUGACAUUACUCUCACACAUGUUGAUGUUUUAAAAAUAAAUAACUAUGGGUGAAAAGAAUAAUUUCGGUAAGGCACUCCAAGAUUUUCAAAAGUAUACCAAAGCGGAAUCGUUUAUCAGUGGGGAUAAUGCACAUAAAGAAGGUAUUAAAUGCCUUCUGAAGCAUGGAUAUGACUUCACUAAAUCUGAAGAAACAAGAAAAUUGAAAUCAGAUGCUUUACCUGAACUAAUAGUUAACAAUUUUGAUUUGGAACAGAUAUGGCAGCAGCUUGAGUUGCAAAAUGACAAAUUGUUGCAUGUUUCCAUAAAGUCUGUGAGUAAAUUAGUUGUAGGUAAGAAUAAAUUGAUUUUUAAUGAGAUCAAAGAAGAUGAAACUACGAUUGAUGAGAAAAAUAUUGCUGAAGAAAAAGAAGACAGUGAAAAUGAUGAUAGCAGUGAAGAUGAUGAUGAUAGACCAUUAAAUUUGGAUCCUGAUGAGAGUGACUUAUCAAUGGAUUCUGAAGGUUUAGCAGAUGAAGAAGAAACAGUCAAAAAAGUCAAGCCAGGCAAGAUAUCAGCAGUUGACGAUCAGUUCUUUAAGUUAUCAGAAAUGGAAGCAUUUCUGGAGAAUGAAGAAAAAAAACUUAAUGAUGCAGAACCAGAUUCAGGAAAUGAUUCUGAAGAGGAAAACAUGGAUGAUGAUGAAGUUGAUGAUGAAUAUUUCUAUAAUGAUGAUAUUGAGAGUAAGGACAAGGAGAGAGGAGAAAAGUUAAAUCCAAAGUAUAAAGAUUUCUUCUGUGAAGAUGAGGAUUCUGGUAGUAAAAAGAAAGCAAAGAGAAAUAAGUUUUUUGAAGAACUUGAAAAUGAUGGUGUUGAAAAUAAGGAAGGUGAUGAUGAUGAAGAAGAUGAUGAUGAACUAAUGAAGGAACCAGUGGCUCCUGCAAAAUCUGCUUAUGAAUUAAGAGCAGAAAGGUUAAAGAGGAAGAUAGGUUACUUAGAGGAAGCAGCAGUGGGUGAAAAACCUUGGCAAUUGAAGGGCGAAAUUACAGCAGAAUCAAGACCACAAAAUUCUUUGUUGGAAGAAGUAGUGGAUUUUGAUUUAUUAACAAGACCUGCGCCAAUCAUUACUGAACAAACUUCUUUACAACUGGAGGAUGUAAUUAAGCAGAGAAUAAAGGAUAAAGUUUUCGACAGCGUUGUUAGGAAAGAGAAGCCUGUUGAAACCGCUUUGGAGUACAAAAAGAAGUUAGUAUUAAAUCAGGAAAAGAGCAAAGAAUCAUUAGCACAAAUAUACGAGAAUGAAUUCAUUCAACAACGGGAAGCUCAGAAUACCGAGGAAAAAGAGGUUGAGGAAGAGGAGCCGGAAUUACACAAAAACAUAAGGAAGAAAAUGGAUACGCUAUUCUCAAAAUUGGAUGCCUUAUCCAAUUUCUAUUUCACACCAAAACCGGCUGUUCCCGAGCUUAAGAUUGUCAGCAAUGUUCCAGCAAUUGAAAUGGAGGAAGUUGCACCAGUCGCUACAAGCGAUGCAACGCUUUUGGCACCAGAAGAAGUUAAACGGAAAUCUAAGGGAGAUGCUAUUGGAAAGAGUGAAAGAACAGAGACGGACAAGAACCGUGAAAGAAGGAAUAAGAAGUUGAAACAGAAACAUCAUGCGAUACUCAAUGAGAAGAAGGCGGCUGCUGUUAACAAAUUAGGUUUAGGUAAUAAGUACAGUAAAGAAAAGGCGAAGAAGAUGUUGGAGCAAGUCACCAAGCAUAAUAACGUUGAUAAGAUGGACGAAUCUGUCGGUUCCAAGAGCGUGAAAUCUUCCACAGCCUUCUUUACACAAUUACAGGAGGAGGUUAAAUCGCAGAUCAAGAGCAAAGUGAAAGAAAACAAAAGCAAAGAUAAUGUGUUAGACGCAAAGAAAUUUAAGUUAUAAAUUUUGUAUCUAUGUUAU